GCGCCUGUAAUGUUAAUCGGCGCGCGCUGUGAUUGGUCGCUCGCCCGUGACGCUCCAUAUGCGGGCGCACUAUAUGUACUUGGCGUCGGGAGCGCUCUAGAGCAGUGUGCAGGUUCCAGUCUGACAGCUCCGCGUUCCCUUCAGAAUGAAGUCUUGUGUUGUGCUCGCGUUCCUCCUGUUCUCUCUCGUCUGUCUGAUGUACCAGGCGUCGGACGCGUGUUCAUGCGGGAUGUCGCAUCCACAGGACGCGUACUGCCACUCCGACAUCGUGAUCAGGGCUAAAGUAGUGGGAAAGAAGCUGCUGAACGACGGUCCGUUUGGCACCCUGCGCUACACCGUCAAACAGAUGAAGGUCAGUCCAUCAUCACACAGACAACACACCAGAUCUGCAGCACGAGAUCAUGUUAAAGGAGACAUAUUAUGCCCCUUUUCACAAUAUAAUCCGCUCGUUUGUUGUGUUUGUGUUUGUGCAGGUCGUGUUCAUGACGGGAAGCUGUACACGGGUCUGUGUAACUUCAACGAGCGAUGGGAGCGUCUGUCUCUGGCUCAGAAGAAGGGCAUCAAUCAUCGCUAUCAGCUGGGCUGUAACUGCAGGAUCAAGCCGUGCCACUAUCUGCCCUGCUUCGUCACGUCCAAGAACGAGUGUCUUUGGACGGAUAUGCUGUCGCACUUCGGCUUCCCCGGCUAUCAGUCGCGUCACUACGCCUGCAUCCAGCAGAAAGAGGGCUACUGCAGCUGGUACCGAGGCAUGAGCGCUCGCGACAAGCUCAUUAUCAACACCACCGACCCCUGAAGCGCUUCAGAACCGGGUCUUAAACCGCUGGUGCAUCAACGCCAUCGAACCCUGAGCACACGGAGCCAUCCGCAUUAACCAGAUUAAAUAUGAAGUCAUUUAUGAACGCAAUAAAACCCUGCUCUUUUAUAGUGAUGUGCUGCUUUUUAAACAUAUCUGUUGUUUAUGUGCGUGUGCCAGAUUUAUACGGUUCAGUAUCUAUUUAUGAUUCGAUGCAGAGAAAUUAUUCCUUCCUUCUUGCUGUUUAUUAUGUAAGCUAUGAAAUUGUGAUUAGUAUUUAAAGCAGAGACUAUAAACGGUAGAUCGAUCACAUCUUUUCUACGUCUAGACUGAUGGCAUGCGUCUGAAAUGCGUGUUCUAAUGGGAAAGUCGAGGUUUGACCGAUGGGGAGGAUGUGAAUCGGACGUGACAAACGUGUGUUUAAUCAUUUCUGACACUAAACUCCUGUUGAUUUCUGCUCCAUUUCUGCGCUGGAGGCUGAGAUGAGGAGCGUGUGAGUCUGCUGUUUCAGAGUCUCGGUCUCCGACGCAUGUUUUUAGAUCAUUAAGGUAAUAUUCUGUCUGUAACACAAACAUCUGCUCAGAUCAGACCCGUCACGUGUGUGUGUGUGUGUGUGUGUGUGAGAGAGAGAGAGAGAGUGAGUGUGUGUGUGUGAG